UGUUACAUCUAAAUGAAGAAAUAAGAGAAGUAAACUAUAAGCUAGAAAGCUUAUUAAAUGUCUUCUUAGCAAUUAAUGCUUUUAUGCUGCUCUUUUAUCUAAACUACUGAUUUUAAAAGUAAUUUGGAUUAUUACGGAUAGGCAGAAGUCUGUUUCGCUUAAAAUAUGCUUUGUUCCAUAUUAGUUCAUUUGAAAAUCUCAUUGAUUUUAAGUCUAGCGCCAUACAUGGACAAGUCCUGUUAGUAUUGCGGCAUCGUCUGUAGCAUUAGUCACGGCGCAGUCAGGUGUCUUUUGUUGUCAUACAGGUAGAUUAGUAUAAAACUGCUGCUUUCAGGGAGACGAUGUUUCACUUGUAAUUUCUAAUAAGUGAAGGAUGAACUGUUCACUGAAAUUUGAUUUUGUGCACAACUGUCAUUGAUACACUUGAUCACCUUCAAUCACAAUGGGAAGUGGAAUGAGCAAGGUCCUUCCUGGCCUUUACUUAGGAAACUUCCGGGAUGCUAAAGACUUGGAGCAGCUUGAGACAAAUAAUAUCACACAUAUCCUUUCCAUUCAUGACAGUGCUAAAAAACUUCUGGAGAACAAGGAAUACCUUUGUAUACUUGCCAGUGACAGCCCAUCACAAGACCUAAUCCAGUUUUUUCCAGAAUGCAUAGAUUUUAUACACAAGGCCAGAUUAAAUGGUGGAGGUGUGCUGGUACACUGCCUGGCAGGUGUGUCAAGAAGUGUAACUGUGGUGGCAGCAUACAUUAUGACUGUUACUUCCCUUGGAUGGAGAGAUGCCCUCAAUGCUAUCCGUGGAGCACGCAAUUGUGCCAAUCCAAAUUUUGGAUUUCAGAAACAGUUACAGACUUAUGAGAACUGUGGGCUAGAAGAAGCCAGAAAACAAUUAAAAGAAAAGUAUCCACAUAAUCCAUUUAGUGAUGAAGCAGACUGUCAGAAACUGUUGCACUGUUUCAAGCAUUACGUCCUGACUGGAGAGACAACGACUGCAUCAUCAUCCAUCAAAGGUGAUGACGAUGGGCUUUACCCUUUGCCUCACAAUGCCUAUGCAGACAAGAACCGAGACCCAGAGACAGGGACCAGUGACCAGUCUGGUUCAGCUAAGCAUGACUGAUGACAUUUGAUUUUAGCUACUUUACCUGUAACACUUUGAUUCCAAAAAGAAAGCCAUAGGUAAACUUUUAUUUGACUUUCGCUCAUCCAUCAGUUUACAAAAAAUGUUUAGGAGAAUGAGCAGGAGUGCAUGGUAAUUGUUUUCCAUGUCUUUUUAUUGUGUUUUCAAAUUACGUUUUUCAAAUUAUCCAAUAUGGUUGUCACUUUUUUAGGAAUAUCCCUGCAGUCCUUGCUUAGUUCAUUCUCUGCUGCUACUCUCAAAGUAAUUAAGUUUUGAUUUUAAUGUAAACAUUCAUUAUAAAUCUAGUCUAAAGUUUCCAGUUGUUUUGAUUCCUUUAGGAAAAAAAUACAAGAUUUUAUAGGUGUGCAAAUCUGCGAAGAAUCCACGUGGUUCUUGACAUUGAAUAAAAUAAAGGCAAAUUUAUUUUUGAAAACUAUUUUAUGCUUGAGGCUUGUUUAGGUGCUUUAUAUGUUGAUGUUGUUGCAUGUUUUUCUUUUCUGGUUGUUAACUUUUAUGUAAGUGUUAUUUAGUCUUGGGGCACUGUGCAUUUUUGCUUCGAGAGAUCUAAAAUCUCCAGCUUUUAAAAGGGAUAAAUUCUCUCGCUUCUUAGGCUAGAGCCUAUCCCUUUCCCAUCCUUAGUUAUUACUUUUCCAUAUAUUUUUAUUUUCAUUUCUGUGUGCAUGUUCAUUGCUAGUAACUUUCUAAUUCACCUUUGUCUGUUUUCCUGCAAACAUAAAAUGUUAUCCAAUUGUUGUUUCUUAUUUAGUUCUAUUCUUAUUCUAGUUCCAUUUAACUAGAAUAAUUUUCUUCAAAAUUUGAACUUCCACAUUUUUUUUAAAAGGUUUUUGUGAUUUUUAGGCUUGUUACUUUCAGGACAUUUGUUAACAUCACUUGAGCAAUACUAGUGCAUUUGGAGGUUUUCUCUUGUGCCUUCAAUAAAAAUAAGUUUCUUUAAAUGUUUUUUAUAUUUAGAAUGAAAAAUGCAACUUCUUGCCUGAAGACCUUUAUCUCAUAAAUAUGUUUACUUCAUUUGUGCAUAUAACUUAUUUGGCCAUGUGUCUUAAUUUCAAUCUUUCAUAUUUCAAUCAAGCACCAACUCAAAUCAAAAUCUACAAUUUUUCUUUGAGAGAAAUAGAUGAGAGGGAAUAUGUGUGCCUGUGCUGUUUCACUCUUUCACUAUAUGCUGAUUUUACACAAUCUGUUGUAGACCAAUGUUUCCUAGCUUUUACCAUAUUAAAACAUUCAAAGGCUUUUUUCCCACCUAAUUAUCAAUCAUUCUUGAGACUUUACACAAACUUGACUUUUGACAUCAUUUUUUUUUUCACAGCUGGUUUAUACAGUAUGUCAUUCGCUAAAGAUGUAAACCUUAAUGGCCAUUUGUUGUGAAUAUAAAGAGACUUGUGUUAGCAUGCCAGUCUUUGGCCGCUUACGUUGUUUUGAAUGCAUGGUAUUUUGGGCUGUUGUCCUAUUUUGCUAUGCCUUUGUUUAUUCAGUUACAGUAUUGUAGCAUGAUAAACCAUGUUUUGUAUGCAAAUUGCAUUAUUUAUGAGGGCCAGUCCUUGGACUAGAAUGCAUACUUUAUAAGAGAUCAAAUCUUUGUGUAAUGUACAUUGUGUGAGCGACAGUAACUGCUUGUUGAUAAAUGAAAAUUUUGCAAUAACUUUUUUUAGGUCAACAUGGUUUAUAAUAAGAAAGAAUUAGAAAGUUGUACAACAGCAAGUAUGGUUCUUAGCUAUGCAAAUAGAUCAUGACUGAUAUUAUUUAUAUAGAGUGAUGCUUGUUAAAAUGAGGAUACUGUCAGUUUCAUGAUUUAAAGCAUUUUUAACUUGGUUGCUGAACUAAUAAACUUCUGAAGGUUCUUAAAGAUGACACAAGGACCAAGUUACAAAAAUACAUCUACAGUAUAGAAUUGAUUUGUUUGUUUUAUUUUACUGUUUCUUAGUUCAUAUUUAUGUAAAAUGCUUGUGAAGAUUAUCACUGACAUGUGCAUGUGCUCUAAUUGUUUUAAAUGGUUUGAAAAACAUAAAAUUUUUAAGCGAAUGUUAUCUAUAGACAUUAAGAACAAAUCACGUUAUGCUCAGGGGUAAAUAGAAAGGUAAUUUUGAAUAUAAAGUCAGAUGGGUAAUAAUUUUUAAAAUACAAGAAGUUAACACAUUGAUAAGAGAAUAUUAGAUUUUAAAAAACUUCAUUAGUAUGGUUAUUUCUCAAAAUUUAACUCUGAUUAUGUGUGCCUCAAAUGUUGGGAUUACCAACAACGAACAGAGUAUAUAGCAUUCCUCUUUUUUUUUUUUUUUUUUUUUUUUUUGGCUUUAUAAAGACUAUAACAAAAGUUGAUGAAUAUGAAUCCAAAAGCCUAUAUUUAUUCUUUUACUGUUCUUUUCAUCUCUUUGUUAUGUCAGAAAAUUUUGUACUUAAAUAUCCCUUCAAAUUGUUUGGGAGAUAAGAUGUAAGUGUAAUGGUCCACCCCAUUUUCAAAAUGUAUUCAUCUGUUACUGUACAUUUGAACACUUCUUUUAACAUUGCAAAACAAAGUUUGGUCACCACUUCAGCAUCUUUAUUAACUAUCAUUCUUAUGUCAUUUCUAAUUUCAAGUUCCACCUACCAUUUAAAACAUUUUAAUAAUAAUCAUUUGAUUUAUAUUGCAUGGUUCAUGACUAGGCCUAACAUGAAACAAAUCAUGGAGUACCUGCCUUUAGUGUCAAGAAUUUUUAUCAGUUUUGUACAUUAAAAAAAACACAAAAAAACCCCUAGCACCUGUCACGUACUUUGGUGGGGAUCAGGAAGCUAAGUCUAUGCACAGCCUUUCAUUGUCCACUUCUAUAAAUGUGGGUAGGCAGCUAACAAGUGGUUGUGAGGUGGGUCAAUCCUUUUAAGGGGCAUUAUUAAAAAUAAGACAGCUGGCACAUCACUAAGAUUAUUAAGAUGUAUUUUUCAUGCUCCAUUCCUUUGCUGCUCACAAAUUAGAAAGCUUUGCUAUAUGUUUCAUUUGUUUAAAGACACUUAAAUUCUUGAUGAGGUUUAUUAUGGGGUCAAAUGCAGGAAAGUGUUAGGUUACUUUUUUUUUUACCAAAUCAAAAAUAGAAGUGGAGAUGCAGUACAUGAUCAUAAUUGAAUAUAAAUCUUCCUCAUGUAUCCCAUAAGGUUUUUUUUAUAGCUGUUGUCAUUUUUUCUAUAGAAAGUUUCUGUUUUAUGACUAUGUAUAUGCUUUGUCAAUUUUUAUCAGCUUCUCUCACUCUUUCUCUCUACACAAGGAUAGGGAGAGAACAUGAUAGCUAAUCUCAUUGACUGUUUAAAGUAUGAGACAUUGUACUUUUAAUUAUAAAUUUAGCUGAUGCAAAAUAAAAUUUCUCUGUCACCUGGCUUAUUAAUGGCACAAAACUCCACACUCCAUUUCCAUGGACUGUUCAGUCUGCUUAGCUUCACUCUUCUCAGCUGAUCAGGAUUGUCCCAAAAUACUUUAAAAAACAUAAUUUCUUAGUCAUUUGGGCACCCAAGAAGAAAAAAAAUAUUAAUAAACAUUUUAAAAAAAUUACCUUCAACAAAAAUCAGACCUUCACUUUCAGUUCCCACAUUGCCAAACCUGCCUCUGCACCAUAGAAUGGUUCAAGCAUCCAUUCCUCAGUUGCAAUACAAUAGUCGCUUAUCAUGUGUUUUAAACAAUCAGUGAGAUUUGCACUGACAUUCUCUUGUAUGUCUUUCCUGCCUUCAAUCUUUUCAUGUAAUUUUUGUUUCAAAAAAAUAUUGUUACAUAAAAUUCAUUCUAAUCUAUAAUCAUUUUCUGACAGUCAUUAACAUUGUUUGUCUUCCUCCCAGUUUUGUUCUAGAGACGCUGUGGUAGGUGUCUUUGGUCCAAAUCAGUGUAACAUUCUUGCCCUUGAUAUUGUCCAAAGAUGCAUGUGCAUGAUUAUGUUUUUCCUGUACUGCUGGUUCUUCCUUCCUAAACUGUUUUGAAGUAUACAUGAUAUCCAGCAUGUGCCAGUUGAUCCAAGUUAUUUUGUAUGAUACUUGAUAGCAUCCUUUUGUGUAUACAUGUUGAACCUCAUAAGUCUUUGAUGCCAAAUAUGCAUUAGGACCAGCAUUGUUCUGAACGCAUUGCCUUGUUUGCAUUGACUGAUUAUCUUAUUAUCAUUUGUUUGUACAUGUCCAGUUCUGUACUUAACUGAGAAGUUCAGGUUCUGUUGACUUGUGCUUCAAAAGAGUUUUUCAGAUUCAAGCCAUAAGGCAGCAGUCAGUAUAUAUGACAGAAAUCAUGAAGUAAUUUUACACACUGUUAUUUUUUUCUCUGCAUCAAGUGUAGAUUUACAUGUUAUCAUGAAGCAGCAACAGCUAUGAUAGUGUUAGUAGCUUCUCUUGUUAUGCCUUAUUUACUGUGUUGCAUCUUUUCUUCACAAAGCAUUUGUGAAAAAGUGAAUAUAAAAUAAGUAAAUGUAUUCAACAGCAACAUCAUGUUAACAGUAUACCUCAGGGUCAAAUAUGUUUUGAAGCCUGUAUGAAUAUAUCCAUAUUCUUUGAGACUUUGCUGUCCAGUAAUCUAAACGUUCCUAGAAUCUACAUCGACUGAUGAUCACGGGUGUUCUGUAAUGUAACUUACUACUUUGUGACCUUAGAGAAGGUAUUGCCUCAUUUUGCUGAUGAUUAGUAACCAACCUGUUGAGCUGGAACAAAUGUUAACAUGCAUUACUUUCAGUUAAAAGUGGAAUUUUUAUGGGUGCUUGAUAUAAAAAAAAUAUUUUUUUCAUAUCGAAAUUCAUCAAGAUCCUAACUGUUAAUGAGCUCUGCUCAACUUCUUGUAAGACGUACUUUUUUUUAUUAAAAAAGCUGUUAAUCUAGCUUCUUUGAUAUGACAAAGACAGUGAUCCCUUAAUUGUGAUAUCUGAAAGAACAUUAUGUUUACAUUGCUGGCCAAACAAUAACUUUAAUAGUUAUCUUCCAAGACAGGAAGAACUGUAGCCCUAUAACUUUCAGGGAGGGCACCAUAGACCCAUAACUGUGAGAUGGAUAGAUACUGUGUGUGCAUGUGUUGUAAUAAUAAUAUUUCAGUUUUUGAAGACCAUUUGGUCCAUAUAAGCAAGAGAAAGUUUGCAAAAUAGUGUAGCAUAAUGUCAUUCUGUAUAUGUGAAUGGUUGAGUAUGAGAGAGUAGGCAAUUAGUUUUCUUGUAAGAUAUAAAAAUAAUCUCAUGAUACAAGUUUAGCAAGCUUUUAAAGCCUAAGCUAACUUCAAUGGCAAUUUUUUUCAAUAUAUAUUUGUACAUCCAAACAAACCCAUACAGGCAUGCACAUGUGUGAAGUGUUUAGUUUUAGCAUAUUUCAUAACCAAAAUUACUUGUGUACUGCUUCCUUAAGAAUGCUGUUUGCAUUAAAAUCUGCAGUCUGUGGUAAAGUUAGCUUGGGGGGAGUAAUUCAUAAACUGCAAAAAAAUAAAUCAUGCUGACUAUAUGAUUUUGCAUCAUUAUGUGUGCUGUGCUGCAAAUGUAUGCAAUAAAUUUGUGAUGGUUUUUA